GAAGACGUGAUCUCUUAUUUGGAGCAGAGAAAAGUCCCAUGGAUGCUGGAGCAAGAAAGCCUGAGGAGCUGCUGCCCAGAAGGUGAGAUCAGACCUGAAAUGAAGACAAAUCCAACAGAGGUGAGGCUUCCUGUGGAAGAAUUGGACCUACAAAAAUUCAUGAGUGAUGGUCCUGAUAACUUUGCUUUCAGAGAAUUCUGUGUUGCAUCUCAACAUUUAUCACAUAUUGAACAUCAAAGAAUGCACACCGAGGAAAAUUCUAGUGGAAAUAAUGAUUGUCGAAAGACUUUUAUGCACAGGGACAGUCUUGCUAGACAUCAGAGAAUCCACACUAAAAAGAGACCAUAUAAAUGCAAGAAAUGUGAAAAGACAUUCAGAGAGAGCUCCAAUCUUGCUGUCCAUCAGAAAAUACACACUGGGGAGAAACUUGAUGCAUGUAAGCAGUGUGGAAAGACUUUCCAACUGAACUCUCAGCUCGUUGAACAUCAGAGAAUGCACACUGGGGAGAAGCCUUAUCAAUGCCAGGAGUGUGGAAAGACAUUCAGCUGCAGCUCAACUCUUGUUGUACAUCAGAGAAUCCACACUGGGGAAAAGCUGUAUAAAUGUCAGGAGUGUGGAAAGACGUUCAGUCGGAGCUGCCGUCUUGCUGAACAUCAGAGAAUCCACACUGGGGAGAAACCUUAUCAAUGCCAGGAGUGUGGAAAGACAUUCAGUCGGAGCUCCCGUCUUGUUGAACAUCAAAGAAUCCACACUGGGGAGAAACCUUAUGAAUGCAAGCAGUGUGGAAAGACUUUUCGACUAAGCUCCCAGCUUGCUCAACAUCAGAGAAUCCACACUGGGGAGAAACCUUACGAAUGCAAGCAGUGUGGAAAGGCAUUCAGUUGCCGGUCCACUCUUGCGGUACAUCAGAGAAUGCACACUGGAGAGAAACCGUAUGAAUGCAAACAGUGUGGAAAGGCAUUCAGUUGCAGGUUUGCUCUUACUGUACAUCAGAGAAUGCACACUGGUGAGAAGCCAUAUGAAUGCAACCAGUGUGGGAAGGCAUUCAGUUGCAGGUCUGCUCUUGCUGUCCAUCAGAGAAUCCACACUGGAGAGAAACCUUAUGAAUGUAAGCAGUGUGGAAAAACAUUCAGUUGCAGCUCUCGUCUUGCUGAACAUCACAGAAUGCACACUGGGGAUAAACCUUAUGAAUGCCAACAGUGUGGAAAGGCAUUCAUUUGCAAGUUCGCUCUUGCUGUCCAUCAGAGAAUCCAUACUGGGGAAAAACCAUAUGAAUGCAAGCAAUGUGGAAAGACAUUCAGUUGGAGCUCCACUCUUGCUCAACAUCAGAAAAUCCACACUGGUGAGAAACCUUAUGAAUGCCAAGAGUGUGGAAAGACAUUUAGUCGGAACUCCGGUCUUGUUCAACAUCAGAGACUCCACACUGGGGAGAAACCUUAUAAAUGCCAGGAGUGUGCAAAGACAUUCAGUCGGAGCUCCCGUCUUGCUGAACACCAGAGACUCCACACUGGUGAGAAACCUUAUGAAUGCCACCAAUGUGGAAAGGCAUUCAGUUGUAGCUCCACUCUUGCUAUACAUCAGAGAAUCCACACUGGGGAGAAACCUUAUGAAUGUCAACAGUGUGGAAAGGCAUUCAGUUGUAGGUCUGCUCUUGCUGUCCAUCAGAGAAUCCAUACUGGGGAGAAACCUUAUGAAUGCCAGGAGUGUGGGAAGGCAUUCAAGUUGAGCUAUUCUCUUUCUGUUCAUCAAAGAAUCCACACUGGGGAGAAACCUUAUGAAUGUAAGCAAUGUGGAAAGACUUUCCGACUGAGCUCUCAGCUUACUGAACAUCAGAGAAUCCACACUGGGGAGAAACCUUAUCAAUGCCAGGAGUGUGGGAAGUCAUUCAGGUUGAGCUCUGCUCUUGCAGUACAUCAGAGAAUCCACUCUGGUAAGAGACCUUAUGGAUGUAAGCAAUGUGGAAAGACAUUCAUUCAGAGCUCUGCUCUUUGUGAACAUCAGAGAAUCCACACUGGGGAGCAAACUUAUGAAUGCCAGCACUGUGGAAAGUCAUUCAAUCGGAGCUCCAGUCUUGCUAAACAUCAGAAAAUCCACACUGGGGAAGAACCUUAUGAAUGCAGGUAGUGUCCAAAGACAUUCCAUCAAAACUGAUCUUGCUGUAUAUCAGAGAAUCCCCACUGGGGAGGAACCUUAAGAAUGCAGCCUAUGUGGAAAGAUGUUCACAUGCAGCGCCAAUCUUGCUGUUGUGAAGGAAACUUAACUCUCCCCUCUUCCUGGGGAAGCAUACCUGGCAUGAGCCUGACUUUGACUGAGAGGCAAGGAUUGCGUGAUGGAAAACAUUGAAUGAAUACAGAAUGACUGCUGGAAUAGGUUUGAGAAAUCAUAAGAAUGGGGCAGGGUGAUAUCUCCUGCAUUGCCCCCUGGACUUCCCCCCUUGGCUGCUGAGGCAAAAUAGAAUGCCACAUUUGACUCCUGAUAUGAGAUUUGUGAGAGUUAGUGGGUAGAAGAAAGAUUUGAUAAACUGAGGCAAGGGCAGAUUUUUCAGGCUCUUCUCUUCCAGUUUUGUUAAUGGCUGAACUUCCCUGUGAAUAUGGCAAGGGAACCCUAAUAGUGGCCACAGAACAGCAAGAUAAAUGGAGCAAUGAGGAAAGUAUCUCCUAUUUUUCCUUUUCCCCCUCCUACUUUAAAUAAAACUGAUUUAA